AUUUACUCAUAACUUGGUAAUCGAGUUGGCUCACUAGCCAUAAUGUUGAGAGUUGAGACAUCUCAUGAGCUCUAAACGAGCUAGCUCACUAGUCGAGCUCAACAAGCCACCAAGUCGAGCUAGCUCGCGACCUCUGCGAGCUGCAGAAGGCUAAGUUCAAGCUCGGCUCAUUAGUAAACGAGUUGAGUUUCGAACGAGCUUUUUCCGAGUCGAACGACAAGCUGCUCGCGAGGGGCUCGGAUCAUUUGCGGCUCAGCGCAUUUGCGCCCUAACGAUGAUCAGUAGAGAGCUUACUGAAAAAGAUUAUUUAAGUUUACCCCGCAACCAUAAAUCCAUAAUGUCUAGAGAACGAAGAACGAUGCUUCGUCCAUGUCUGAAAUGCUUAAGUAAGAGGGCUAGAGGAGUUGCACUGCCGUAGAAACUGGCAUCUAAGCUUGCAGGCAAAGAUUCAGGCAUCUCGGAUGACAAACUUUCCACAAAAGGAUAUGUUAGUUAGGGCAUUGUUCCAACUAUGCAAGUUUCACCCGCAAUCCACCUUCACACUUGCGUAGAGAAUAAUUAACUGACCAUUUUGUUAAACUAUAAAGUUGAAGGAUCACUUUGGAUAAUUGCGCCUUUUACUUAAGAUUGAAGAGUGUUGCCGCGCUUAUGGGAAAGAGUUCAGUUCAGUGGGUUUUGCGAUGAUCAGAGCAAUCUUAAAGCUUGCCGCCAUUCUGAUACAGGUGCCUGUUAGAGGAAUCUAUAACGAGCUUACUUCCGGCAUAGGUUAUAACGUUGAAGUAACUCAGAAUUAGAAACGGCUAGCUUGUUUCCGUUCAUCGAAAGACGCCGGUGUGAUGUUAAGUCCGUCAUUCCCAUGUUAACUGGCUCGGGAGUUCGGUAGAGGUUAGUAUUUCCAUACGUGGGAUAAAUUCGAAAAUCUAUUAAUUUCUACGAGGUGAACUGGUUGCCUCAGUCGAAAUAUCGGUGAAUCCCAUGUUGUUGAACUCACGGUUCCGAUUGAUUUCCCUACUCGUUUGCUCGAAGGAAGUUCCUGCUUUGAAUUUUAACUCACCAAGUGUUUGAUAGAAUGCCUGUGAGGGCAAGAAGUGCUGCGUAGAUGCAUUCGCAGUCUGCCAACCGUACCUUCUUCUUUCUGAUAAUGGUUGCAUUAUGCUGGUGGAAAUAAAUGGUCAGGGUGCUUGCUGUUUUGUUGUGAAUGCAAGUAUUUGAUCGAAAAGCCAUGGUCUUUGUGUAUUCCACUUAUAUGUGAACUUUGUUGAUUUUGCGUGCUAUGUCUGUGAUGACUCUGAUUGACCAUUAUACCAUUUUGCAGUUCACCAUCUUCGGUUGAGAUUGUGGUACACUUGCUUUGCUAAUGGGUCGUUUGUGGAGCACUCUCCUAUUGAUUCUUCAUUGACUUCCGUAUCUUCAUCAAAAGCUAUUCGGCGAAAUUAGAGCAAAACUGCAUGAUACCCAUGAUGAUAAAUUCUAUUCGCAGACGGCCACUUGCAGCAUAUAUCACUUUAAGAUCGAAAACCACCGCCGCACAGUAUGUAGAAUCGAGAGCCAGGGACGCUGUGUUUGAGAAAUUCAUGGACAAGUACAAAAACCUCCUGAAAGUCAUUGCCAUCCAAGACCUUAUUCUUUCAAACCCCACUAGAACCCCACCUUCAGUCUCCCUUGAUUUCCUCAACAGACUCUCCCAGAAGCUACACCUUAAUAGAGGCGCAGCCUCUUUCCUCCGUAGAUACCCUCAUAUUUUCUACAUUUACUAUGAAACAACGGUCUCCCAACCUUUUGUCAGACUAACUGAUGCUGCUACACAGAUUUGUCGCGAAGAAGCAGAGGCAAUUACAGCAACAUUGCCAGCUGUUGUUGACCGGUUGGUUCGGCUUUUAUGCAUGUCAAAGUCCAAAUCCUUGCCACUCCGUGCCAUCUUCAAGGUUUGGAAGGACCUCGGGCUUCCGGAUGAUUUUGAGGAUUCGGUAAUAUCUCACAACCCACAUAUUUUCUCUCUUCAUGAUGCCCAUGAACCUCACACACACAUCUUGAAGUUGGUGGAUGAAUUUCCCUUGUGUCAUCUUCGGCCUGCAGUUGAUGACUGGAGGGUUACAGCCACUGAGUGUAGUAAAGAGAAAUGUGAAGCAAAUGAUACCGCUGAAAUGCAGUAUUGCUUCAAGCAUCAAUACCCACCUGGAAUGCGCCUGAGCAAGAAUUUCAGGGCUAAGGUGAAGGAAUGGCAGAGUCUGCCUUAUAUCGGUCCUUACGAAGAGCUGAGGGAGAUGAAGCCAUCUAAGGUGGGGAUGAGAAGACUUGAGAAAAGAGCAGUUGCUAUUGCGCACGAGUUCUUGAGUUUGACAGUUGAGAAGACGAUAGAAGUUGAGAAGAUCAGCCAUUUCAGGAAGUGGUUUGAGAUUGAGCUGAACAUGCGAGACUUGUUCUUGGAUCAUCCAGGGAUUUUUUACUUGUCUACAAAGGGCAAGAGACAUACAGUAUUCCUUAGGGAAGCUUAUGAGAGGGGUCGAUUGAUUAACCCUAAUCCUGUGUACAUUGUAAGACGAAAGCUUUUAGACCUUUUUGUUAUGGGACGUCAUCAAUUUCCUUGCAAUAAUUGAGGCCAUGGGAGGUUUGGUAAGCUGGAAGAAAAAACUAUGGUCCAAAGCGUCCUUCCCUUAUUAAGGUCUAGGAUUUCAGACCUAUUCCUAUUAGAUCUUGAAAGGAAACUGGAAACUUGGUGGAUUCAGGCAACCUAAAAGAGCAAAUGGCUGAAACGUCCAGGCAACCAGUCCAGGAGUCUGGGUAUGCGGCGUGGUGUCAUCAUCAGUUAUCCUCCUCAGGCUCCUGUGUGAUCUCUUUUCUUGUUGCUUCUACGUUACCAAUUUUUGAAACCUGGAACAUGAGUUUGAGAUUGUUUUCUAUCUUCCAAGCUAGGGAGAGGUACUGCCCCAGUUCGUUUGGAUUGCUUGAUUCCAUCUCCAGGUUUUCUGCAAAGAAACAUCUGAUUUUGGAUUAGAACUUUAACACUGGGUUUCUAGGAUGAUGCAAGGCUUCUUGGUGGAAGAGCAGAAGAGUGUGAAGCAAGUGUUGGAAGAUUCAGAAGGCAAAGGAAAAGAGCAGAUGGCUCAAGGAGUUAGACAACUAGUAGAUAAAAGACUGUUAGGAAGUAGUCGUUGCCCUUUGAGCUGUGGAAAGACGAUACAGUUUGUGUAAUAAUAUUGUUGCAUGUUUUCUUUUCAUGGAAAUGGAAAUAUUUGGUUGGUUGACAGCUCUUCUUAGUUCGAUAGUUGUACGUAGAAAUCGUAUCAUUAGUCAAUAUGAUCGAAUGUACAGCUCAAAAUCGUUCCACAAUAAAAAAUGAACAAAGUUUUCACAGUCAAAUAAAUUGAAGUUGAACACCAUCACUGAAAUCAGUAAUUCAGCCCUUGAAAUCUCCAGGCCAUUUGGAUCUUCUUGAUAAAAUUGCACAAAAAACAAUUUGUCAAGAGUGGGAUUUGAACCCACGCCCUUUCGGACCAGUACCUGAAACUGGCGCCUUAGACCAACUCGGCCAUCUUGACUCUGUUAAAUAAAUUGUUUUCUUAUUU